AUAUAUAUAUAUAUAUAUAUAUAUAUUGUCUUUUUGUCAAAAGUACUAGUUUUUGUUUUUUUAAAUCGCGGUCCGUCCGUUUGAUGAUGACGGUGUCACGGAUCCCUCCUGCAGCGGCGCUUUCUUUAAAACAGUUUUUACAGAGACAGAAGGUUCUGGGAAUUUACCGGAAAAUGCUGAGGACCAUACGACAGGUUCCAGAUGAGGCUGACAGAAAGUACCUGCGAGACUGGGCCCGAGAUGAGUUCAAGAGAAAUAAAAACACCACUAACCAGGAUGCGAUCCGUAUGAUGAUCACUCAGGCAAACAACCACCUGGAGGAGCUUCGGAAGUCUCUGGCUUUGGCCAGAAGUUAAAGACUGCUGUGGAUUAGAACUUGUGUUGGUACACAGCACACAGCGCCAACUACUGUACAGGAGGAACCUAGCAGUCAAUGUGACUCACUGAUUUUAAAAUGCAGAUCUUUUCAACCAGACAUCCGGUGCCGUGACAUGUCAAUCAUCUGUGUCCAAUAAGAUUUCAGGGGAGUCCAAUGAAACCCCGGCCUCUGCUCUAGCACCACCUAUGCCAGGAAGUGUUUGACAUUUGACAUUUCCUGUUUCACUGUGGACUCAAAAUUUGGCACUUCCUGUCCCAUGAGCAAGCUUGGCGCUGCUGCACGUCGCUUUAUUCAUAUUAUUAUUGUUAUUAGAUUAUUUGAAACAUUUAAGUUGUUUCUAUUUCUGUUGUGUCCAUUUGUGAUCAUUUUCACACACACACAUUUUCACACACUUUUUGUUUUUACAUCUUUGAAAUAAAGAGACUUUAUUUUUCUCUCCA